AUGACAAAUAGAGAAUCAACGAAUAAAACUGGCUAUGUCGAAAGUGCGAAAAUAAUUGACGUAGAAAAACGGUAUAGACCCGGACCGAAACAUUAUGUCUACGUCAUACAAGUCAAUUGGGCAAAUCCUUCGAAUUUGUUCAUCAUCUACCGACGCUACGCACAAUUUUUUGAUCUCCAGUGUAAAUUACUUGAUCUAUUUGCUGAAACACCAGUGCAAUCGACAAAUACAAAUCAACCGCGGCAAAUUCCAUUUCUCCCUGGCAAAAUUAUUCUUGGCCGUAGUCAAGUACGACAAAUUGCUCUCGAACGAAAACAAGCUCUCGACAAAUAUUGCCAGACUUUAAUUGCAUUGCCUGAAUAUAUUUCGCGUUCCCGUCCAAUACUUGAGUUCUUUCACCCGUUAGUCACUGAUGUUCAACAGUCAGUUCAAUCUGUCACUCAUGAGAAACAACCCUUAGACAAAGGUUCAAUAGUGAUUAGUGAACCAGCGAUAUUAGCGACCUAUCGAUGUUUAGCUGAUUUGAAUGCGACGGAUAAACUUGAAUUAUCGUUAAAACGAAACAAUAUCGUACAGGUCUUACAAAAGCAUGCUAAUGGCUGGUGGUUUGUGCAGCAUGGUGAUCAAACAGGCUUUGUACCUGGUUCUUAUUUACAGCCAUCAGAAUUACAACCAGGUGCUCGAGAAGAGAAAACAUUUGCAAAAUCAUCAAACGAAACGUAUAUUGUUAAUACGACGUACAAAGCAUUAGAAAAAUCUUUGUCUGGAUGGUGGACAGUCAAAUUCAAUGGUAAAACCGGUCAAUUUCCAGCUCUUUACUUGUCACCAUGUGAAGGUCGACACACACCUGACAUAUUACAAAGUAAUUCAUCAACGAUGGAGACGAAUGUGCAAGAACUCGGUGAUUCCGAUUGGGACGAUGAAGAUGAUGGCCAUCCAUCCAACAAUGAUAAACUCGAUCUAUACUAUGCUCAUAGUGAUCAUACAGAUUCUACUGGAGAGUGCUUAUCGUUUCGCCGGGGUGAUCUUAUUGAAAUACAUGACAAGCAUGCAAGUGGUUGGUGGUUUGGAAGACGAGCAGAUGGUGACAGUACUCUCACCUGGAUUCCUGCAAAUUUCCUACAAAAAGAACUAAUUUCAGCUGAUAAGCUCGAACUUAAUGAUAGCCAACUAUCAGCUGUGCCAUCUGGAUCAUCGCAUAAUGAGACGCAACGAAUAGAGCAAGAUAAGGAGGAAGUACGAAGCGUUACCAUUUAUGAAACCAUUGAUAAUGAUCCUGCGACAGACGUCAUUUACUCAACUGUGGUAAAAACAACGAAAUCUGACAAGUGUAAAACUACACCUUUCAAGCCUCAAACAGUUUCUCCUGUUUUAUCGCAUGUAAAUGUUAAUCAAAACACAAGUUCGAAAUCAGUUAAAGAUCUCAUUAAACUAUUUAGUGGACAGUAA